AUGGCAUCAACUACAAAAAAAUGGACAUUAGAGUUAAUGACUUGUCGCCGAAUUUUAUUUAUAAUGGUAACCUCAGGCUUUAUUCUCAAUGGUUUGUUAAAAACAAUGUUCAACAUCGCUAUUGUCACCAUGAUAAAAAAGAAUAACGAAACUAGCAACUCAGAACUUUUUGACUGGAAUGAAGACCAAAAACAAAAUAUACUGGGCAUGUUUUUCUGGGGUUUUGCGCUCACUAAAAUCCCCAGUGGAAGAUUAGCUGAAAUGUUCGGUUCAAAAAAGGUUUCUGGAUAUUCGAUGGUAUUAGCAGCAGUGUUAACAAUUAUAACACCAGUAAUUGCACAUUUAAACUACUACGCUUUGUUAACUUCGAGAGUCCUUAUGGGUUUUCUAAUAGGAGCCAGCUGGCCAGCUCUGAUGCCCUUAUCCUUUAAAUGGAUUGCUCCCACAGAACAGUCAGUAUUUAUGUCAUGCAUCACAUCUUCCUCCAUAGGUUAUGCCUUGUCAUCAAUUUUGGGCGGCUUCCUAAUUUCCGAGUAUGGAUGGCCGAGUGUAUUUUAUUUUUCUGGAACAAUAUCACUACUCUGGUCAGGCUUCUGGUUCUACCUAAUUUACGACUCACCACGCCAACAUCCCAGAAUUUCUCCAAAAGAAAGACAAGAACUCGAAAACAAAAUAAAAGAAACUGGCGAAAGUGGAAAGAAAAUAAAGUUUACUGAAAUUCCUUGGAAACAAAUCCUUUCUUCUGGACCAGUGUGGGCAAUUGCUUUUGCACAAACAGCGAGUUUCUUUGGAAAUAUGACUAUAAAUGCAGAGCUGCCGUCUUAUCUUGAUCAAGUUUUACAUUACAAUAUUCAACAAAACGGGAUUCUUUCAAGUCUUCCAAACUGGGGUGUAUACAUAUCGUCUUUGAGUUACGGAUACAUAGCGGAUCGAUUAUUAAAAUCCGAAAGGAUGUCAGUUACCGCUGUUAGAAAAGUCUUCGGGACGUAUUCGUUAAUAGUUCCGAGUAUUUUUAUGAUCCUGUUGGGUGUUUGGGGCAAUGUUGCAGCAGUUGCGCUAACGUCUUUUUAUCUAGCGUUAAUAGCUAACGCAGCUGUGACAGCUGGACACUGUCCAAACAUCCUGGAAGUGUCUCCAAAUUAUUCAGGUACCAUUUGUGGUUUAGUUAACAUGGUUUCGGCAUUUGGAGUUUAUGUUGCUACAAGACUGGUGGCUUUAUUGCUAAGCAGUGGUCACACGUUCCAAGACUGGCGCCCAUUUUUUUGGAUUCAGUGUGGUGUAUACUGUGUUGGUGGAAUCAUAUAUUUAGUUUUAUGUUCUGGAAGACUACAAAGUUGGGAUUCCAAACGGUGUAAAAAGUCUAAAACAAAAAAUCAUAAUAAUUCACCUCAGUUGCAGUUACGACUCACAUCCAGCCCACAUCCAGUUCAAAAAUACACCCACAUUCAUCAAACAAACAUUCACAUAUACACAAAACGUCAAAACCACGUCAACGAAAUCACAGCGGCCGGUCAUCCAGAUUGUCACAUGUUCACUAAGUUUAAAAGCCGACUUGAUGCUGCACGGUUCAAGCAGUCAAAGGUACACACGAUACGCAUGCACAUCUGUGCGUAUGUGUACACUAUUCCCUCGAUCGUCAAAUUAUUUUUUGAUGCAAAUUACCACCACAAGUUAUUAAGGAACAGUAAUGAGGUUGUGGAAAUUCCGCUACUGUCGCAACUUCACCCACGUAUUGUUAUCAGUAAGCGUAAUUGUCCUAAUUCACCCAAAAGAAAAUGCGCAGCUUCAGCUUUGUCCACGCAGGACGCGCUUUUGGACGAUCACUUAUUUUAA